UAACUAAACAUGAUCUAAACAAGAACCGUCUGAUUAAUUCACAAAAAAGAUCACACAUCUUGUAGGCUUUCAAAAAUCAUUGCUAUGAAUUGUGCUCGAAGUUGUCAGUGUCUCGUUGUAAUCUUUGGCUUUCAAGUCUUGGGUAUUUUGGCCGUGAGCUGGGAGGAGUGGUGGACCUAUGAUGGGAUCUCAGGUCCUUCGUUUUGGGGCUUGAUCAAUCCGGAUUGGAACCUGUGCAAUCAAGGAAAACGUCAAUCUCCCAUCGAUAUUCAGCCCAAGAAUAUCCUGUUCGAUCCUAAUUUGAAGGAUAUCGACAUCACGCAGAACAAGAUCGACGGGACCCUCGAGAACUCGGGUCAUGGGAUCGUGUUCACCUUGGAGACAUCUAUUAACGACAUGAUCAACAUCUCUGGCGGCCCCCUGGCCUACAAUUAUCCCAUUCAUUCCGUGGCUUUUCACUUUGGUCUCAACGAUGACGGAGGGUCAGAGCAUUUGAUUGAUGGACGUAGAUUUCCCGGUGAGAUCCAGAUAUUAGGGUAUAAUGCAGAUUUAUACGAGAACUUGAGCUUGGCAGUCCAGCAUCCCAAUGGAUUAGUGGGAAUCUCAAUUCUCAUGGAAAUCGGAGAUCUAUCCAACCCUGAAAUCCGACGAAUGACCAAUCGACUGCCCAACAUUCAAUUUGGAGGGCAAACGAGUCACCUGACGGACGUGUUCAUGGCCGGAUUUCUUCCCGCAUCUGGUUUCAUGACAUACGAAGGAUCCAUGACAGAACCCGGCUGUCAAGAAACCAUCACUUGGAUCCUUAUGAAUAGGCCAAUUUACAUCACGGAUAAUCAGAUAUUCUCGUUAAGAAAACUGAUGCAAGGUGAAAAGAGCGACCCUCGGGCACCUCUAGGGGGGAAUUUUCGGCCCAUUCAAGCGUUGAAUGGCAGAACCAUCCGAACCAAUAUCAUGCUCGGCCAUAAAGAUCAAGAUAAGAACUGCCCAACCCUUCAUAAGAAUCUAGAGUUCAAGGCGUCAAGAGGAAAGCCUGCCAAUGGUGUCAUGUGAACGAAACCUUUGUGGCACGCGAGAUAACCAUGUAUGUAUUGUUCCGAUCUGGCAUUCAUCAUAUCCAAUAUCAUCUAAUCAUCAAAUACAUCUAUAUGUGUACACUUCAAAACACUUGUUGGGCUCAAAAUGCGGCGGAGCAAAUGAAAAGAAAAGGGCAUCAGUCGGUUCUUUUUCACGAUUUCACCCACUCGCAAAGAAUGGCGAUUGAUGACUUCAAUGAACGCUUGGAACACCCGUGACCAAUGGCACGCGACAAUUCUGGUUGUAUUUCACCUCCU